AUAAAUACGGGCUCCUUUCCUCUCCCUACAUCCGGCGAAGAGUUUCAUCACUUUCACACCUGCCUUACCUAUUGCUGCAGCACUCUCUCUCUCUCUCUCUCUCUCUGGGCGAAGUGAAGAUAGGUAGGGUUUUCUGUCAUCGUCUCUCUCAUGGAGUGAGAAAAGCUAGGGUGUUCUGUCAUCGUUUUCUUCGCUUCUUUCUAGCGGAAUGGGGAAAAAAGAGCUUCUAGAUAAGGAGAAGAUAAAUGCAGUACUUCAGAUCUUGCGAAAACAAGCUCCUCUUACUGUAAAACAGGAGAAGUUCUGCAACGACGCUUGCUUGGUACGGUUUCUGAAAGCAAAAGGCGAUAGUGUGAAGAAGGCUGCAAAACAUUUAAGAGCAUGUCUUUCUUGGAGAGAGAACAUCGACACUGAGCAUUUGAUAGCAGAUGAGUUCUCCGCCGAGCUGGCAGAUGGCAUCGCAUACGUCGCCGGCAACGACCAGGAAGCCAGGCCUGUUAUGGUUUUUCGGGUAAAACAAGAUUACCAGAAAUUACAUUCGCAGAAACUUUAUAUUCGUUUGCUGGUAUUCACACUAGAAGUGGCGAUUGCAUCCAUGUCGAGAAAUGUGGAAGAGUUCGUACUCCUAUUCGAUGCAAGCUUUUUCAGAUCGGGAUCGGCUUUCUUGAAUUUACUGCUGGCAACACUGAAGAUCGUAUCGGAAUACUACCCCGGAAGACUGCACAAGGCCUUCGUCAUCGACCCUCCAUCUCUCUUCUCCUGCCUUUGGAAGGGUGUCCGUCCUUUCGUGGAGCUUUCAACGGUGACGAUGGUGGUAUCGUCCUUGGACUUCGAAGAGUCCCUGGAUGACACAUUUUCUUCCUACCCUCGAACCACCUCCCUCCGUUUCGAACCCUCGUCCGUACCCACCAAGAUCGGCGGCUCCUCCUCCUCCCGCUUCUCCUUCACCGUCUCCCAUUUCGACUCCCUCAAGCCCUGGUACCUUACGCGCACGGACACGUCAGCAUCUUCACAGGUGGGCCACUUCGCCAACGCCAGCCCCUCGCUCAUGGGUCCCGCACUCGUCUCCCCGCUCAAUGCCCGCUCCUUCUCCUUCGCCUCCCCUGCCACAAGGACGUUACGUGGCGGUGGGCCCAAGACCUUCCCCUCUACGCCGCAGCCAACGAGACACCCCAGGACUCCAAGGCCGUCCUUCCUGCAGUCUCCCGCGGCAUUUUUCAGGAAGGAUUGCCAGAUCAGCAGCAGAACGGACAGGUGCCGUGAAUCCUUUUUCCCUUACCUUAGGUACUAUCGGAAUCCGUACAACGAGAUGAUCUACCGUUCGAAGAUGAGGCCUCCACUUGGCGGGCUCAUCUCGAUCGUCUCUCCUCAGCUCAAGCGUCGCCACGUCACCUCGCAAAGGUUCUAAAACCCAGAAAUGAGAGAGAAGAAGAAGAAGAUUUUUUAUUUUUUUUUAAAUCCCUUUUGUUUUUUUUUUUUCCCCCCCAAUAUUUCAGUUCAUACUUAUAUAUAAAUCCGAUUUCGUUAUCACUAACAAAACUGAAAAUAUCCUGCAAUGCCGAAAACGCAUAGUUCCUCACACGAUUUCCAAGCACGUGGUGCGUGUUCUACGCGCAGUGCGCGAGUCAGCGGAAGGGAGAAGACGUGCCUAGACGGUUAUGAGAGGGUGUGCGCAUUGUCCGUUUUUGAUGUUCGUGGCGAUUCUCUUCUACUUUCCUUAUUUUUCAUUUCAUUUUAUUUUAUUUUCUUGGGGCCGUUGAAAGGCGGACUAUGGAAAUCCGGUAGCGUGGUCGGGACGUCGUGGCAUCGGAAAUCAUUUAAAUGCCCAAACAUUGAAAAAUAAAAACAAGGAAACCAUGAAAAUCAAUGUUACCUUCCUAUCGUUCACAUUGCUUA